AUGAUCUACUCCCAAAUUGUCAAAGAGGACAGAGGCUCCGAGGAGAUGGAAACAUUCCAUUUUGCUAUAGUCUGUGUUAUAUUGUCAGCUAUAGCUUUGUCAAGUUGUCCUUGCCAUGCUAUAACGAAUGUCAAUACAGGUUUUGAGUGCUCAGAAGCGGAUGGUUCUGCCACUGAGAAUGCAUUCCAGACAAAUCUCAAGAAUCUGUUGGAUACCCUUGUUGUGAAAGUGCCUGUAUCCAACGGCUUCUAUAAAACAGAAACCGGAAAGAAAUCCAACAAGCUCUACGGACUCGUACAAUGUAGAGGCGACAUGUCUGCCGGUGACUGUGCUAAUUGCACCAAGAACGCCGUUGCAGCAGCCCUCAAGGAGUGUCCAAAGAGCAAACAGGUUUGGACCUGGUUCACGUGGUGUUUUCUACGCUAUUCUGAUCAGAGCUUUUUUGGAAUUAUGGAUCAGACUUCGGCGGCCAUCACCAAUGAUACUGAUUUCGAUGAUCCAUAUGUGGUUUCUAAAGGACUUGACUUCAUGGGUGGCCUUGCUUCCACAGCUCCUAAUCAGCCUCAUAUGUUCCAGAAAGCAGUGUUGGAUGUUGGAAAAAGUGGGAAGAGGUAUGGCAUGGCUCAGUGCACUCUAGAUAUCAAUAGGGCUGACUGUGGCAAGUGCUUGGAUUCUCAAUUGACGUUGUUUAGGACAAUUAUUGGCAAUAAAAGAGGGUGGGAAACAUACGGUUCUAGUUGUUUUAUGUGGUACCAUGACUACCUAUUUUACUUCAACAUCUCGACCCCUGCAAGUGAAGGUACUCGAAGACCCUCUUCGCAUAUAGGAGUUACGAUUAGCGUAAUUAUUGGAAUGCUAGCACUUCUGGCAGUCGUCUAG